GCAGCGAGCGGGGCCGAGGACGUGGCUCUGUACGUGGGCAUGGUGGCGGUGGCCCUCUGCCUCACCCUGCUGCUCACCGUGGUGGUCCUGGUCUACCGGCGCAAGAAGGAGGGCCUGGAUGCCGACGUGGCCGACUCGUCCAUCCUCACCACUGGCUUCCAGCCCAUGGGCAUCAAGCCCAGCAAGCCAGAGAACUCCCAUCUGCUUACCAUCCAGCCUGACCUAACCACCACCACCACCAGUUACCAAGGUACCCUGCGCUCACGCCACGACAACACCGCCAAGUUCUCCAUGACCAACGGGCCUCUCCUGGACCCCCUGCCCAACGGCUCCCACACGCUGCACAACGGCAAGCUGACCUCCGACCCUGCUGAGUUCAUGAGCAGGCUGUCCACCCAGACCUACUUUAAAACGCUGCCGCGCGACGUCGCUAACGCCACCUACGGAACGUUCAACUUCCUGGGGGGGCGCCUGACCCUCCCCAACACAGGAAUCAGCCUGCUCAUUCCUCCCGAGGCCAUCCCCAGAGGGAAGAUCUACGAGAUCUACCUGACGGUCCAGAGGAAGGAGGAUUUAAGGUUACCCUUGGCGGGCUGCCAGACCCUGCUGAGCCCCAUCGUGAGCUGUGGGCCCCCAGGGGUGGUUCUGACCCGGCCCGUCAUCAUGACCAUGGACCACUGCUCCGACGCCAGCCCUGACAACUGGGCCGUGCGCCUCAAGAAGCAGAACUAUGAGGGCGUGUGGGAGGACGUGCUGCAGAUGGGCGAGGAGCUGGCAUCGGACCCCUACUACUGCCAGCUGGAGGCGGAGACCUGCCGGGUGUUCUCGGAGCAGCUGGGCCGCUUCGCCCUGGUGGGCGAGUCGCUCAACAUGGCCGCCGCCAAGCGCCUUCGCCUGGUCCUCUUCUCCGAUGCCUACUGCUCCACCCUGGAGUACAACAUCAGGGUGUACUGCAUGGACGACACGCAGGACGUCUUCAAGGAGGUGGUGCAGAUGGAGAGCCAGCUGGGCGGGCGCCUGAUUGACGAGCCUCACAUCCUGCUCUUCAGAGACAGCUACCACAACCUGCGCCUGUCCAUCCACGACAUGCCCCUGGCCCACUGGAGGAGCAAGCUGCUGGCUGGCUACCAGGAGAUCCCGUUCUACCACAUCUGGAACGGCUCCCAGCGGUACCUGCACUGCACGUUCUCUCUGGAGCGUCUGAGUCUGACCACCUGCCAGCUCACCUGCCAGCUGUGCGUGUGGCAGGUGGAGGGGGAGGGCCAGAGCUUCAGCCUCGACUUCAACAUCGCCAAGGACAGCAGAGCUCUGGACUCGGAGUUCCUGAUGCUGGACACCAACGCCACUGCUCUGGCAGGUCCUAGUGCCUUCCAGAUCCCCUACCUCAUUAGACAGAAGAUCUGCAGCAGCCUGGACACGCCCUGCCCCAAUGGAGCUGACUGGAGGAUGCUGGCCCAGAGACUCAAACUGGACAGACACAUGAGUUUUUUUGCGUCGAAAGCCAGCCCCACCUCUGUGAUCCUGGACCUGUGGGAGACGCAGCAUUUCCACAGCGGCAACCUCAACCAGCUGGCCACCAUCAUGGCCGACAUCGGGAAACAGGAGGCCAUGAUAUUCCUGGUGUCGGACGGGGAGUGCUAACCUCUGAUUGGAACAAGGUAGUGUACCCCCCCCCCCCAACACCAGCACACGGAGAGAGCAGAGAGGAGGACAUGCCCUGUCCUAUCAGAGAGAGGAGAACAGGAUGGAGGGACACUGCCCAUCAUGUUCCGUUCUCUCUCGCCUCAGUAGUGUCAUGCCCAGGAUAGGCUGUAAUAGGCCAGGCCUCUUGAACAUUGUCUAGGGUAUUCCAAGUCAUGCUUUUGUUGAAGAGAAACACACUAUCAGUCUAGAAGUAACUGGCCUAUUUAGGGGGGGUGGGGGGGGGGGUAUUAAAAUAAUUCAAACUAAAAAACAAGAUGCUCAAAUGAAUAUGAAAAAGGUUGACAUGUUUUAGCUCUUGUUCCACUCUCAUGCCCUUGACAGUUGGGUGUGUGACAGUGUUUGCUGUGGUCAAAUAUCACACUCGAUUAUGCAACUGGCUGGGCCAUUGUUAAGCAUCCCUUGACCUAAAACACACUAAUCCCCACGGUGUGGGAACUCUCACUAUCCCCAUUUUACCCAAAACCAAUGGUGAAAUAUACAUUAGGUGUCAAAUCUGCUUGUGUCAUUAUAUGUGCUUUUAUCGAGAGAGAUGAAGCAAAUCAUGGAACACGUUGGUUGGCAAUAGAUUUUAUGUCUUCACUCUUGAACAUCUCUUGUUUGUAACAGUCCUGUUUGAAGUGAAGCGGUUAUUGCUACGCUGUGAGGUCUUUAUUCUGUUAGACGCUCCAAAGCUUGAAAAA